AUUAAAGGUCACUCAUGUCUUAUUCUAUAAGUGUCAUUUCUUUAUCUAAAGCUAUAGAGAGAGGUCUGCAGAGGUAUUAGAUUCCAUUUAAACAUGUUUAACUUUCACGUGCUGCCAUUUGUAACGGUUGUAGGGUUAUGCCAGGUCGUGACUGGUAGCUAUGUAAACAAUUUUGACCAACGAGUGGAAUUCAAGUGUACGAAGGACACGCAAACCAUCAGCAGAGUGCACAGCGUCCAUGAUAAUGGUGCCGAAGACCGGAGGUUUGAGUUUGAAUGUAGAGAGAUUGGAAUGGAUACAGAAGGGACUAGUGCCAGUUGCGCAUGGUCAGCGAAUUAUGAAAAUCAGUUGGACAAGCCGUUAGAUUUUGAGUGUGGCCAUAAUGGCUUCAUUAACGGAAUGAUCAGUGAACACGACAACGGAGCAGAGGACAGAAGGUGGAAGUUUCGCUGCUGUAGAAUAACAGAUAUACAUAUGAUUGACUGUGACCUGACAACGUGGACGAACGAUUUCGACAAGCCACAGGACUACAGACUUCCGAGUGGAAUGGCAAUGAAGAGCGUAUUUUCUGAACACGACAAUGGAGCAGAAGACAGACGCUAUCGUUACGAAAUUUGCAACAUACUCCGGUCAAGUUACCUUGUUUACUUCUGCACUGGACUUGAUCACGGUUCGAUCUCUGAGUGCCUGGAUGACAAUGAAAGUUUGGUCAUGACGAUGACCCACUGUUUAUUCUGUAUUCACGUGCUGCCACUUGUAACGGUUGUAGGGUUGUGCCAGCUCGCUGCUGGAAACUAUGUAAACGAUUUCGACCAACCAGUGAAUUUCAAGUGUACAAAGGACACGCAGACCAUUAGCAGAGUGCACAGCGUCCAUGAUAAUGGUGCCGAAGACCGGAGGUUUGAGUUUGAAUGCAGAGACAUUGGACACGAAACAGACGGAUCUAGUGCCAGCUGUGCAUGGUCAGCGAAUUAUGAAAAUCAGUUGGACCAGCCAUUAGAUUUUGUGUGUCAUUUAAAUGGCUUCAUUAACGGAAUGAUCAGUAUACACGACAAUGGAGCAGAGGACAGAAGGUGGAAGUUUCUCUGCUGUAAAAUACCAGAUAUACAUAUGGAAGAUUGUGACCUGACAACGUGGACGAACGACCUCGACAAGCCACAGGACUACACACUCCCGAGUGGAAAAGCAAUGAAAGGUGUAUUUUCCGAACAUGACAAUGGAGCCGAAGACAGGCGCUAUAGAUACGAAAUUUGCAAUAUAGUCCGGUCUAGUACCGAUCCAGCUAUUGGCUGACGAAUUAUACUCUGAGGCAUCUAUUACAAAUUAAACAUAUAAAACUGCA